UUUCAUAUAAACCCGCGAGCAGUCAGUCAUCUCGCCUUGUCAAGUCAGCUGUAGAGGUGUAAUCGUUUGCUUGUGAACAGACCGUCGUAAGAUACAGUAUAAGCAGAAUGACAGCCCCCACCCCGAAACGGAAGCUCCGCCUCAUCACAUAUCUGUCCCCUGGGGUGGCGCUGGAAGUGUUUGAGAUAGUGGUGCAGUAUCUGGAGUCUGUGCUGGAUGUAGAGGCUUCACUCAUCUACGAACCACGAUGGAGUGGACCUCCUCCCACAAGGGUUGACCCGUUCACGUCCGACGAAGUUGACAUAGCUUUCAUGUGCAGCACGGCCUUCCUGCGUCUCUCUCAGAAUAAGAACCAGUACGCUGAACUGUGCCAGGCGGCACCCCUUCACCAGCACACCAACGCCCUCGGCCGACCCGUCUACUUCUCCGACGUUGUCGUACACGUGGAUAAUGCAACCAAAUACAAGACGCUGCACGACCUGAAGGGAAGUCGGUGGGCGUACAACGACAGUAUCUCCCUCAGUGGGAAUAUCAUUGUCCUUGCAGAACUCAAGCGUCUUGGUGUCAACGCAAGCUUCUUCGGGAAUGUCAUCCAAUCAGGUAGCUUGUUGUUCAAGCACGUGGCAGUCCACCCGGUAGUACUCAACAGCAGGUUGUCAGCUGAAAUGAAAGAGAAGAUCACUAAUGCUUUUCUGGAAGUGAGCAAAUCUAAAGAGUGGAGUGAGAAGUUCCGAUCUGUGAACAUCCUGGGCUACACCCCAGUUGACAUGAUGCUGUACAACCGCGAGACGGAGAUUGUGGACCAGGUCAAGAAUAUGACUAUAUCUGCUGCCUACUACUGAGUGCUGGACCUGGCCACCUUGUCUGUCACUGGACACAGCUGCUCUGUUGUGGGACAGAUGGCACUGGUAGUUGCUGACAGACUGGUAGACUUGUCAGACACAGCAGAACCAUCUCCCCUAAUAGUGAAAUGUCAAAAAUUAAAGGUACAAAAAUAAAUAUCUAGUAAAACUUUCAGCUGAUAUUGAUGAAAAACGAUGCAAUUUUCUUUGGAAAAUAAAAUGUUAAUUUGACAGGGGAAUAGUUUAGCAAAAUUAAUUGUUGCCCACAAGUGUGGCCUCCUUAUCUGAAUACUUUUGAGAGUUCAGGCUGCUUGUGACAAUCUGCAGGUAUUUGCUGUGAUGCUUUAAGUAGACAGGAGUUUCAUGUGAAGACUGACAGUUUUAGUUCAACGAGGCUUGUUGAGUCGUGUUUUGAGAUAUUUUAGAGAAAGUUAUUACAUCAUAUACUUCUUUAGUUGAGUAGUUCAUUGGUGUAGCCACCAGAAUCCACUCCACAAAGAUAGUGCUACGACUAUAUUCCCAUCUGAGACAAUAGUUGUAGCACAAACAUGACUUUAACACUGACUUGAAAGAGUUGUAGUGCUAAGAGUUCCAUACAGAGCAGGGCCCUGUGAAGGUUCUGUUAUUUAUGACCUGAACUCGAAGAUUGUUAUGUCUCUAGGUGUUUGUGAAUGUUUCAUAGAGAUCUCAUUUGCUGCAAAUGUCUCAUUAUUGAGAUGUAGAAGUGAGAUCUCCGACCUGUCUAACAUAUGUUGUAUCUGCACACGUAUUGUUAACUCUAAAGUUGUUACGUGGUGAGAUUUACAAAGUUGUUAACAUCAUAUUGUGUAUUCACUUGAUAUAUGUAAGACAAUAUUAAUAUAUGAUAUUUUAAUAUUAUCUUUAUGGAUCAGUUUUAUUAGCAUUUGACGAACAUAUUUAGUUACUUUUACUGAAUUAUUGAAAUGUGUGACUGCUACCAAAAACUUAGACUUGGAAUUAGAAACAGGAAGUAGUGUUUACCCUGUGUUACCUGUUGGAGUACCACACGUCUUGUGACUUGUCCUACUCAGACAUUGCUCUCAGUCUGUUCUGGCAUAGUGAAACAAUGGCAGCUUGCCAUCCUUUUGUUGAGCAGAGUUAUUUUUCUCACUACAUCACUCCUUUGAGACAUACUUUGUCUACAGAUUAAUUGUUUGUUUUGUCCGCUACUAAUAUCAUUAUUACUCACAGGAUAUUUAUGCAGGUAAUAAGGUUUAGAUGUUGUUUAUUGUUACAAAUAUAUUGAAAUAUGGCCACAAACUGUCUGUAUGUUUGAUCUGGGGGUGAAACGGUAUGCUUUGGUACUAGUAGAACUGUGGUAUGUUGUCUUUGGUUUG